CUCUGCAAACUUCAGCAAUGACCCAAGUCUCUUUUCUUGGGCAACAAAAUUCCCCAGCCAUAUUCCCCUCCAAAAUUUCCACAUCCCUGGGUCCGCUCCAAGGUUUUGGUACAUAUAUAAGAGGGAGCAGUGACCUCCCACGAGGUGUACAUCAACUGGCCACAGCCGUAUCCAGUUCUAUUCUAAGUUUCUAACCAGAUUCCAAAGAUUUCUCACUGCUCUCCAGACGUCCUUCUGCGGUUCCUGCCCUGCUCGGGAGAAGACUCCAUUCUUUCUGCCGUUGCUGCUCCAAAGACCACCAGAGAAGGUUCAGUUUAUGGGAUUGUAUCGCCGUGCAUGGUCUGAAGUUCUUGGCACGGAGAUCUCCAGUCCGAGGUCACAAGAAAUCAGCAUGGUGAACAAAGUCCCUUCCCCUCGGUAUGAACAGGAGAAGAAGAUGACACUAAAAACACAAGGCCAUGAACAUGAUUUCUCCAAGGGCAAACUUAUGCAUUCACUGAGCUUCAAACAAUGGCAAGGAGGAGAGGAAGCCACAAGUCCAGUGCACCAUAAGAGCAAACCCAGUCGGAUAAACGUCGUAGAUGACCGGAGAAAAUCUGAUCUCUUCUUGGCAUCGAGCCCCAAAGUUUCCUCCAGCCCCAAAUGUGAGCUUGAUGCUGCAGCCGUUAAGCUUCAGAAGGUUUACAAGAGCUACAGAACGAGACGGAACCUCGCCGAUUGUGCAGUCGUUGUUGAGGAACUAUGGUGGAAAGCACUAGACUUUGCAUCACUGAAGCACAGCUCAAUAUCCUUCUUCAACGGCGAAAAGCCUGAAACCGCGGCAUCACGGUGGGCGAGGGCAAGGACAAGAGCGGCCAAGGUUGGCAAAGGGUUAUUGAAGAGCGGGAAGGCUCAGAAGCUGGCAUUGCAGCACUGGCUCGAAGCUAUUGAUCCGAGGCAUCGAUAUGGACACAAUUUACACAUUUAUUAUGAUGUCUGGUCCAGGAGUGAGAGUACAGAACCAUUCUUUUACUGGUUAGAUAUUGGGGAGGGCAAAGAAAUAAAUCUCGAGAAGUGCCCCAGGAGUAAACUCCAAAGCCAGUGCAUCAAGUACCUUGGACCACAAGAGAGGCAGCAGUAUGAAGUGGUUGUGGAGAGUGGCAAACUUGCAUUCAAACAAACUGGGGUUCUUGUGCACAGUUCGGAUGAUUCAAAGUGGAUUUUUGUCCUCAGCACCACCAAGGCGUUCUAUGUUGGCCAGAAGAAGAAAGGAUCGUUUCAACACUCUAGUUUCCUGUCUGGUGGAGCAAUAACGUCUGCAGGAAGAUUGGUGGUCAAAGACGGAAUUCUGAAGGCAAUAUGGCCGUACAGUGGUCACUACCUUCCAACGGAAGAGAACUUCAGAGAGUUCAUUCGCUACCUUCAGGAGAACGGCGUCGACCUCACCGAUGUCAAGACAUCUCCGGUAGACAGAGAUGACGAGUACCCCUUGCUGAGCAAACCUGUCACCCAGCCUGAACAAGCCGAGAACAAAAAUGCAGCCGCGGCUACUGAAGAUCAAACUGAGACCGAGCACGACGACGUUCUCGCCGGCGACACGGAUCACGGAAUGACCGACUACGGUGACAUGAGCGAGGGCGAGGAAGACGAAAGCACUUCAGUUAACUCCCGCAUCACUGACACCGAAGAAGAAGAAACGAACAAGAAAUAUUCAGAGCAGAGACCACCCGUGGCUGCAGGCUCCGGCCACAGCAAGAACCACGAGACUUGCCGAUGGUCGACGGGCACGGGCCCCCGGAUCCGGUGCGUGCGCGAUUACCCGCAGGACCUCCAGUCCAGGGCGCUCGAGCACGUCAACCUCUCGCCGAGGCUCGCCGGAUCGCCGUCGAGGAAGAGGGACCCGGUGCCGUCGCCGCGGCCCAGCCCAGAGAUGAUUCUGUCGCCGAGCCUUGCCUCCGUGGGAUUCCAGCCUCGGACGGUGUCCCUCACGCUCCCGGACUUCAAGAGGAGCAGAUUGCAGUGAACAAUUUUGUUGAUUUGUUUGUUUGUUUGUUUUAGAAGGUCAGGGGAAUUCAGCACCACAACUGGUCGAUUUUUUCUGAUAGGCCAGUGAGUUUUAUCCAGCUAGGUUAUGGCUGAUUAUUUGAUUUUUUUAUCCGGUGUGUUGUGCACCCGAUGUAACAUUUUGGCACUUGUGUAGACAUUUUCAUGUAUUCUUUUAUAAAUUUUUACUUGUAUUAUGUUUCCUUUCAUUUCAGGUGUACAAAAUGAGAAAAUGUACACAUAGUUUGUUUGAGAA